AUGGCAGAUGCAUACCGAAUACUGAAAAGCAGUGGCUCCGAUACGCUCGCGGGGUUGUGCUCUGACCAAAAGGUGGAUUUGAACGAUGUGUGGAUCCCUCUUCAGUCGUUUUGUUCCGCACGCGGAAGGAUGGACACGCCGGUUAUUAUUUCCCCUGCAACAGCCAUUGUGCUCCUGGACCACCCCAGUGGGAAGCUCGUAACACGGCGAGGUGACAUCUUGGCUCGCAUCCCGCUUCUUUUUUUGGAUGAGCGCAAUUUGGCCAUCCCACCCAGCGCCAUACCGGAUGGCUGCACCCUCUUUGUCCGGGCAGCCAAAAGCAUUUCAAAGAAGCGCAUGGUAAAGGGGCUUUCUAUUCUUCACCGCCCCAUCACGAGGGAGCAGGCCUUUGCUGAGGGCUCUUCAUUGGCGCUAGAGGAAGAAACAAAGGUUGUGCAAAAGCAACCGCGGAAGAGCACAGGGAGUGGGGCCGACGCAGUCACCGUGGCGGGAGGCAUGGAAGCUGCUUUAGAAAGGCGGAAAAAAACGGCAAAAAUCGAUGGACUGUUUGAAGAAUACCUUCAAAAGGCUCUCGAGGGAUUCCGCGACGGUCGUUUGGCCAAUGGGGGAGUUAUUAUGAAGGAGACAAUGGCCAAUCUCCUUCGCGUGCGUGAUGCGGCGCCGCUUCACUUUGUAAUGCAUGGAAAAUCGAAAAAAUAUAUUCAUGUCAACGGAAUUCCGUGGUUCAUUCCGGACUGGCGAGUCAUUUACCGCGUUUUUAGACGAGGAGAAACGGUUGAGGAGACCGCCAAAACCACCUACACCGAUGCCGCACGUCUCGUUGCUGUCUUUAUGAUUGACAAUGUACUUAUCCGACGGGAACCCAUCCAUGCAUGCCUGCAAGAAGGACAUCCGAUGUGGUCACUGAUAGAUCCAAAUUUGCCUUCUGCAGCCCACAAACUUGCAGAAAAGGGCUACCGUAUUGUUCUGUUGGAUCACUACCCUUCACUUCAUCAUGGAAAUGAAAUUGCGCUUGAGGCGAAACUAAACCCUAUUGCGGAACUCUGUCAAAAGUAUUUUACGUGCGACGUGACAGUUGUGCUAUCAACAAUGUCGUACAUCAGCGCUGCCUACAGAAGUGACGGGAAGCCUUUUCUUCUUCCAUAUUCGGGACUUUGGCAGUUUUUUAUCACUCAGUUGAAUGGAGGGCUCCGCGCCGAUGCCGACUCGCUGCUCGUGGGUGAGUCUGUAGAGGGCGUGGAUCAUAGACGUGAGGAUGUGCUGUCUCAGGGACGAAGGGAUGCAAAAUUUGCGAUGAACUGCAGUCUCCGUUACGUGGAUAGUGACAGUCUGAAGAAGGAAAUACUGCAGUCUUGA